ACUCUCCGGGUUGCCUCUAUGCGGUAAUGAGUGACAGGUAGACCACUAUGACUGAUGCGCCGAGUUCCUGCAGAAGAUCGACCAGACAGAAUCCACAUUAAGAUCCCCCAAUAACAACAAGCUAAAUCGCAAACAACUACAUAUGCACUAUGCAGUAUGAUUUGUUUAAUAGAAGAAGGAAAAAUAUCAUUGAUUUCUACUCCAUCUAUUCCCAUAAAGCCAUGUCUUCUGUCUUCCCCUUUUUUCCUCUCUCAACAGCAGAGGAAAGCUUUCAGUCAAGAUGAACGCUUCUGAGAUACUCCCCUCCUGCACUCUGCGCCCGGCAGAGCCGCUCUUGCCCUUCGUCUCCGACCUGACUCUAUCCUUCAUCGUGCCCACGGUCGGCUACUGGCUCAUCUCGGGCGUGUAUCUGAUGUUCGAGCUUUUCUACGGGGUGGAAGACUACUCGCCGCUCCACACCCCCGCCGAGAAGCUGACCCGGAACCGGGCGACGAAGAGUCAUGUCUUCUACAUUACCAUGCGCAACCUGGUCAUCCAGAACGCCCUGGGCUGGGUGCUUGCCCGUCGUGCAGGCCCGGACCUCUACGGCUGCGAGGACCGCGACGUUGCCGUGUGGGCGAUGCGUCUCCGGUCUCUGCAGCAAUGGAUUCCGUCCCUGCUGGCGCUAGCAGGUAUCGACGGUAAAAGUGCGGCGAGCAGAGUCUCGCACUCUAUGCCUGCCCUCGCACAGGUGCUGGCAGGCGGCGGCCAGGCUGGAGAAUUCUCGCCGUUUCUUGCACGCUGGGAGUUGUCGCUCGCUCAUCUCUUGUACUACUACCUAGUGCCAACCAUGCAGUUUGUCUCCGGCUACAUGAUUCUGGACACGUACCAGUACUUUGCGCACCGGAUGUUACAUCAGAACCGCUGGCUCUACCGCGUCGUCCACUCCGUCCACCACCACCUCGUCGUCCCGUACCCCUGGUCAGCGUUUUACGCACACAUCAUCGAGGCGCUAGCCGUGGGAGUCGGCUCGGCCACUCUGGCCUUCACCCUGACUGGAAUGACCCUGCGGCAGGGAAUGUGGUUUGGAAUGGGCGCCAUCUUCAACGAGAUCAACUCGCACACCGGUUACGAUUUUCCUUUGAGUCCCGGCCGGCUCCUGGGGACGUCGCCUAUCUUUCACGAUCUUCACCAUCAAAGCUGGGGUGUGAAGUACAAUUUCGGCUUCUACACGCUCUUCUGGGACUGGCUGUGCGGGACACUAUGGAUGGAAGACGAACACUCGAUGCGCAAGUAUGCGGAGGGACGGGCGAUGACGGAGAAGAAGAUGGCAAACAAAUAAUUUUUUUUUUCUAUUUCCAUUGUUCAUCUGGUAUAUGAUCUGUCUCCUCCCGCCUCGUUCUUAAGGGUAUUCCUCAACGCACAGAUUUCCCUUUCCUGGAUGGCGACCCUGCGUUGUAGAAACAGGAUAUGCUCGAUGGCUCUGGCCAGGACUCGGUCUUUUGUACGACGUUGAACUCUGCUGCCGUAUUCU